AUGUCAGAACACGGAGAGACCAUGUUUGAGCCCUCGGCUUCCGACAUGUCCAUACAACAAGUGCCACCACCGCCGUACGAAGAACCAGUGCAGCAAGAACCGCCGCCCUACUCUCAAGAUUUGCUGAAUGAUGGCGAACCUAAAGGUGAAACAACAGGAUGUGAUGUAGAGGAAGGCGAUCAAUCAUCCCCUGAAACCAAAGCGGAGGGUCAGUCGGAGGAUCCCCCGCUCGCUGAGACGUCAGCUUUCGACGAUAAGACGGUCAGGAGGGCUUUUGUUCGCAAGGUGUUUUCCAUCCUGACCCUUCAGCUGGUGUUCACGUUCAGCGUGGUAUGUGUUUUCACAUUCUCGCCAGUUGUUAAAAGGGUAGUACAGAAGAACAUUUGGAUAUACGUCAGCUCCUUCCUCAUCUUCGCCAUUGUCAGCAUUGCACUCAACUGUGCAAAGUCCCUCCGACGGAAACACCCCUGGAAUCUCAUUGGUCUGGCCAUUGUGACAAUAAGUCUGUCAUACGUGGUGGGCACCAUGGCAUCCUACCAUGAUACCCGUGCUGUCAUCAUCACCAUGGCGACCACCUUGGCCAUUUCCCUCACAAUUAUUGCCUUCUCCGCACAGACGCGCUAUGAAUUUUCCUGCUGCUACGGUCUGCUGCUCAUCAUGGUGGUGGACUUGUUGAUGUUCGGCAUUUUCAGUGGCUUUUACUACUUGUACAUCACUCAGGUCGUCUACGGCUGUUUGGGCGCUCUGCUGUACUCAUUGUUCCUGAUGGUGGAUUGCCAAUUGAUGAUGGGCGUGCUGAGUUACCGCCUGGACCCAGAGGAGUAUGUCACCGCCGCUCUGAUGAUCUACUUGGAUAUCAUGCUCAUCUUUAUUUACCUGAUGGGGAAACACUGA